AUGACUCUGGACAGCGAGCGGAAGGAGUGGAAGGAGCUGCUGUUGCAAACGCUGAUGGAGCUGAGGGAGGACGACUUCGAGGAAUUCAAGUUCUUUUCGGACCUGCCUCAAAGGGUACGUGAACAUGCCGACCGGGUGGUCAUUGCUGACGAGCUGAUGAAGAAGCACGGCAAGAACGCUCUCAAGCAGACCGUCAAAAUUCUGGAGAAGAUGGGUAACCUCAACUUGGCUGAGAUGCUGCUCAACGACAUGCUGGAAAUAACAGGUGCCGUCUUCUCCGUCCAUGAUGAUGAUCAGAUUACCAGAUUGAAGGCAGACCUGCAGGACAACCUGCGGAGUUUAUACAGCUUUGUUCCCGAGGGCAAUACCGAGCCCUGGAAGCAGCAGCAGCCUCUGGCGGAGGUCUACACCGAGGUGGACAUCACCUACGGGGCCGACGUCACGCCCAACGAUUGGCACGAGGUCCUUCAGAUGGAAACGCGUGCCGCCGCCGCCGCCAAGGAGUCUAUCCUGUCCUGCGACAUCUUCAAAAGCCCUGACGGGAAGCCGCGACCGAUACGCACGCUCCUCACCGUCGGCUUCGCGGGCAUCGGAAAAACCUUCCUAGUUCAAAAAUUUGUGUGUGACUGGGCCAGCGGGAAUGCCAACCAGGACGUGCACUUCAUAUUUCCCUUCACAUUCCGUGAGUUGAACACGGACAAAGGGAAAAGUUUUACGCUGGCCGAGCUGAUCCGACGCUACGUUUACGAGAGUAGGCACAUGAGCGAGGAGACACUGAACAAUAUAUUUGCCGAACUGCAGAUGUCCGGGAAGCAGGACUACGAAAGCAGCGGGAUCAAGAUCUUGUUUGUCUUGGACGGACUGGACGAGUGCAACUUUAAAAUGGACUUGAAAAAUCAGAUGAAAGUAGACAUAGAUGUGAAAAAACCCUACCCGCUGGAGGUGCUCCUGGGGCACCUCAUCAAGAGGAACCUGCUUCCUUGCUCCCGGGUUUGGAUCACCACGCGGCCCGCGACGGCCCGCGAUAUCCGCGCCGACCUCAUCGACAGCAGAACAGUGGUGAGAGGAUUCAGCGAUUCCCGGAGGCUGGAGUAUUUCAGUAAAAGGUUCCCAUAUGAGGAGCGCGUCAUUGAGCACAUUCAGAAAUCACGCACUAUCUUCAUCAUGUGCCACAUUCCAAUCUUCUGCUGGCUCACCGCCACAGUCCUUCAGGAUCAUUUGGACAAAGGGAAGGGAGAGCUUCCCACAACGCUGACUGAUUUGUACUCAGCAUUUUUAGGUUACCUACUGGAAAACUCCAAGGAGAGAAAUACAACGGAGCAUAUCCCUUACGUGAAAGCGCUCGCCAAACUGGCCUUUGACCACACCAUGAAUAACUGUCAGGUCUUCUACGAGAAGGACCUGGCGGACAGCGGUUUUGAUUACGGCCAAGCUGCAAAACACUCUGGAAUAUUCACUGAGGUCUUUCAGGAGGUCCCUCCGCUCAGUAGAAGCAAACAGAAGACGUUUCAGUUCAUUCAUCUGACCAUCCAAGAGUAUCUGGCUGCACUGUACGUGAUGAUGAGCCUCUUCCACAACAACAAGAACGUACUGAAUGAUUCAGGAUUGUCACUGGGAAAUAGUUAUUUGACACAGACAACAAUCACCGACGUCCACAAGUCAGCUCUCAAGAAAGCUUCGGAGAGUAAAGGACACCUGGACCUGUUCCUCCGCUUCCUCAUCGGCCUUUCCUUGCCGUGCAACCAGGAACUAUUGGGGGAACUGCUGAAAGCUCCUCAGGGCCGCGGGCAAACCAAGUCAAAGACUGUCAAGUUGAUCAAGGAGCGGAUAAAACAAAACACUCCAGAGAAGAACAUCAACUUGUUCUACUGCUUAAAGGAGCUGAAGGACGACUCUCUGCUGAAGCAGUUUCAUAAGAAAAAUCGUUUGGACGAUAUUAACUGGAACGACAUGCCAAAUGACAUGUGGUCAGCCUUGGCCUUCUUUUUACUGACAGACAACAAAACCAUAAAGUCCUUUAAGCUGUCUCUCUACGCCCCAUCGCCUAUGGGGCUCCAGAAGCUGUUGGUGGUGGUCAAGGCUUCUCAAGAAUCAAUCCUAGGCGACUGUCACCUGGACAAAGGCAGCUGUCACCUGCUUGCUUCCGUUCUCAGCUCUCCAUCGAACCUGAGGCAUCUGGACCUGUCCAGGAACGAUCUGUCAGACGAAGGGGUGGAGAUCCUCUCGAAAGGACUGGCCAGCCCAAACUGCAUCUUAGAGUUCCUUGAUCUAAGAGAGUGUGGCCUGGACAAAGGCAGCUGUCACCUGCUGGCUUCCGUUCUCAGCUCUCCAUCCAACCUCCGGCAUCUGGACCUAAGCAGCAACAAACUGUCGGACGAAGGGGUGGAGAUCCUCUCGAAAGGACUGGCCAGCCCAAACUGCAUCUUAGAAUCCCUCGAUCUGGAACACUGCUGGAUCACCAGUAAAGGAUGUGUUUCAUUGGCUGAGGCACUCAAGGUAACCCCCUCCCAUCUUCAAGAGCUGGACCUGGACAGCAACAAUCUGUCGGACGAGGGGGUUGAGAUCCUCUCGAAAGGACUGGCCAGCCCAAACUGCAUCUUAAAAGUCCUCAAGCUGUCAUGGUGCAGGAUCACGAGUAAAGGAUGUGUUUCAUUGGCUGAGGCUCUCAAGGUAACACCCUCCCAUCUUCAAGAGCUAGACCUGACCAGGAACAAUGUGUCAGAUGAUGGGGUCGAGAUCCUCUCGAAAGGACUGGCCAGCCCACACUGCAUCUUACAAAUCCUCAAUCUGGAACACUGCGGAAUCACCAGUAAAGGAUGUGUUUCAUUGGCUGAGGCUCUCAGGUUAAACCCCUCCCAUCUUCAAGAGCUGGACCUGACCAGGAACGAUCUGUUGGAUGAAGGGGUCGAGAUCCUCUCAAAAGGACUGGCCAGCCCACAUUGCAUCUUAAAAGUCCUCAAGCUGGAAGAGUGCAAGAUCACACAGCAAGGAUGUGUUUCAUUGGCUGAGGCACUGAAGGUAACCCCCUCCCAUCUUCAAGAGCUGCACCUGAGCGAGAACAAUCUGUCUGACGAGGGGGUUGAGAUCCUCUCGAAAGGACUGGCCAGCCCACACUGCAUCUUAAAAAUCCUCAAGCUGUCAUGGUGCAGCAUCACGAAGAAAGGAUAUGUUUCAUUGGCUGAGGCACUGAAGGUAAACCCCUCCCAUCUUCAAGAGCUGGACCUGAGCAGGAACGAUCUGUCGGAUGAAGGGGUCGAGAUCCUCUCGAAAGGACUGGCCAGCCCACACUGCAUCUUAAAAGUCCUCAAGCUGUCAUGGUGCAGCAUCACUCAGCGAGGUUGCAUUUCAUUGGCUGAGGCACUGAAGGUAACCACUUCCCAUCUUCAAGAGCUGGACCUGAGCUACACCUAUCUGCCGGAUGAAGGGGUUGAGAUCCUCUCGAAAGGACUGGCCAGCCCACACUGCAUCUUAAAAAUCCUUAAGCUGUCAUGGUGCGGGAUCGCAGAUACAGGAUGCAUUUCAUUGGCCAAGGCUCUCAAGUUAAACCCCUCCCAUCUUCAAGAGUUGAAUCUCGGGGCAAAUCGAAUAGAGAAAGAAGGAAAGAGGGUCUUAUUGGAGAUCAAGGAGGAUCCCAGCUAUAGCCUGAAGACUGUCGAAUUUAACGACUAG